GUUCGUCGUCCGUGCCGGUUGGUUCAGCAGCUUUGGUUCCACGCGAACCUCCUGGAAGAUCUUUCCUACCAGUGUGGUGUCAGGUGUUGGUGAAGAUAGUUUCGAAGAAGUGCAUUGAGUGUCACCGAAGAGCAUCUCAUCGCAAAUUGUGAUGAGAUAAAGAAGAGUGCUUUUUGUUGAGAAGAGUUGUGUGUGUUUUAAGGGGCAGUUCGCGCGACAGCUGAUACGCGGAAGAAGCGCUGGAAGAGUUAGUUCCGGAGUGGGCAGCAGCUGUGUUGAAGGAAACUAUUGGCAACAUGCUGUAACGCGUUUUUGAAGAGUUGUGGAGUGGUGAAGUGAGACACGCUGUGCGAUUUAAUUCAAAAGUUUGGCGCGCGAGGCGCAGAGGUUAUGGGAACCUAUUAAAAAGUCGUUAAAAACAAAACCACGAGUUGACAGAUUCCGCUGCAGAUUGUGUAGUCCGUUGCGCGGUGUUACCCCUCCCGAGAAAGGUCAUCCAGAUCAGACAUAGCUGCGGUCGACGACGGUCUUCAACGGCAGACCAGACUGGAUAUAAAUACACCGAGGUUCGAGAUAGCCAAGGUACGUCGCGUCACCCUAAAACUGAAGCAUCUCUACAACUAGUUAAGGACCGAAAGCCGAUGGCGUUGGACGCAAAAGCAAUCAAGGAGGAAAUACCUGAUAAAGACACAUAUGAGACUAGUGCGCGCAAGGUGAAAGGUAAGGAGCAGUGCCGAACGCCAGAUUCGCCGGAAGGUGCCCGCGUGGUGGCGCCACGGUCCCCCAUAUCGCCCCACAUCCCACCGCCACAUCACAGCGGCCUGGUUCCGCAGCAGCCACCACCGCCACGGUGUCCCACCGGUGGCCAACCCACGACCACGGGAACACCGGGAAUCACCGGCAAUGGGCGUCACGGGAGUUCGUCUCCCCCGGGGCACGAGGCGCGACUCCUGAACGGAAGUGGCGGCAGCACCGGAGGAGGUGGCGGGGGUGGCGGAGGCAGUGGGGGAAGUCUCGGUUCGAUUACGCCCCCGCCGGUCAUCACGUCGGCGGCGGCCGCCGCUGCAGCCGUUGCCCAGCAGGACACGGCCAAGCUGCUCAAGAUACGGCGCUUUCUGGGGGCGCUGGUGCAGUUCGGGCAGGACACCAACGUCGAUAUCGGGGAUCGGGUGCGGUCGCUGGUGCUGUCGUUGGCGAGCGGCGGUCUCACCGUGGAGGAGUUCCAGGUCGCUGUCCAGGAGGCCACCAACUUCCCGCUGCGCUCCAACGUGGUCCCCUUUCUCAAGUCGCACGUUCCGGUGCUGCAGCGUGAAAUCAACCUCCUGUCCCGGGCCAGCAAGCAGUCUCCCUCACAGUACGCCCGCUCAAACGAAACCAGCGUCAUGGAGUACGUCCAGAACCUGGCCGACACCGCCGACAUCUUCCUGUCCUCGCACGAGGGCUUCAGCUCAUCAACACCCAUCCCGGCCCCGGCCGUCAACGGUCUCAGCCUCAAGCGGAGGGCCUCCGACAAUUUGUACGACACACAUCCAGCGGGACCGCCCGAGUGGGGUGACUACGUUCUUCCGCCGAGCAAACGUCCCCACCCGUCGCUGCUGUUGGCCGCCGCCUCGUCAACCCCGCAGCUCUACCCGGGCCAUCCGGCCCUGUUUGAGUACCAGAACGGUGGACUCCACCCACAUUCCGACGGACUGUUAUCCCUCUUCCCUUUGCAGCAUUCCAUUCACCGGGACGAGCGUGACCUGCGGGCACCCUCGAGCGAAUCGGGCCACCGACCACCGAGAAUCCCUCCGGGCGGGGGAAGUGGCGGCAGUGUCGUACCGGGGAUGGGCGCCACUUCCGGGGCUGGCGGAGCAGGUUCCACCACUGGUGGUGGCACGAGUGGUGGCGGCGAGGAAGAGUGGAAGAACAUUCACACCAUGCUGACGUGCAUUUCGGCGAUGGUCGAAAAGACCAAGCGAGCGAUCUCGAUCCUGCAGCAGCGGGGCAUCGACACGCACGCGGCCGCCAGCCGGGAGCUGCACCAGCAGCAGCAGGACAGCUCGAUCGCGGACAUUAAGCGCCAGACGGAGGAGAAGAUUGCCGAGUUUCGGCGGAACGCCGAGGAGUCGGUGAAUCAGGUCAAACGGCAAGCGGUGAUCGAGAUCCAGCGGGCGGUGGCCGCCGCCGAGGCGCGAACCAUCGAAAUGUUUUCCCAGGAGCGGCUCAAGAUGGAGAAGAUGUUUGCGGAGAUUCACCGGGGUGCGACCGAUCCGGACGGCGUGCUGGAUGGGCCGACGGGUGGAAGUACGGGGGGAGGAGGCGGAGGAGGAGUGGUCACGGGCAGUCAGAACGCUUGCUGGAACUGUGGCCGGAAGGCGAAUGAAACCUGCUCCGGAUGCAACUUGGCGCGGUACUGUGGGUCCUUUUGUCAGCACAAGGACUGGGAUCAGCACCAUCAGGUCUGCGGAACAUCCCGCGCGGAGAACGCCUUCCAGAAGCACGCGGCCAGCGCCCGAGCAGCGCUCGUUUCGUCCCGUUCCACCACCCCGCAGCUGUCGCAGUCGCAGGUCGGCAACGGCAACGGCACUGGCCCUGGCGGGGCCACCGGUACGAACGGAACUGCGGUCGGCGGCCCAAAAUGACGGACUAAACCGAUGAAACCUAAGAAGAAGUAUCUAUGCUAGUCAAAUUAAUCAUACCACACACACACAGGCAAACACACAAUACGCGAAGGAACCGCCGCGACGGAGUACGGGAAGUGAGGUUAUAAAAACAUCCUACUAAUUUUAGUUUAACUACAUUCGUAAGGACUUUUUAGGGGCCUGCAGGAGGCGGUGCUAAGUUGAUCGUUUCUCGUAGCAGCUAAAGUCACCGGAUUAGUACCGGGAUUGGCUUCGGGUCCUGAUUUAAAUCUGUUGGUGUAGAAAUAGGAGCAAGUGCAAUAACGGUUUUCUUUUUCAAAGCUAAUCUCAACAAACAAUUGAUCAAAGACUAGUUGAGCGAGUCAGCUGGCAGAAAGAGAGCUAAUUUAAGCUGAUAAAUACGUAGAUGUGAAGUUUAAGCAAACAUACGACACUAAUUCUAAUAGCAUUGUUAGUCACUUCAAGUUUUUUCCCCCUCCGGAGCACAAAAUCUUCAAUCCAUCGUUGUACUUCUCCUUACUUUAAUGCCAGUCACAACACAUGCAGAAAUAACCAAUAGCCAAGAAUUACUCAGCCAGUCAGUAGCGGAUUUAGUUUUACCAGACACGUACAGCAUCAACCAAGAAUAGAACUAGAAACUAAACUCUUACGAGAGAGGCUCAAAACUCCAAAGAGUCUAUCAAUGAUGAUUACCAACCUAACCGAAUUUUGUACACUCACACACACUCACCCACAGACACACACAUGACCUACUUUUUAGCCCUAGUUGAUAUACGGCAAGUUGUUGAUUAAUUUAUUGAGAAACCUUCUCUUUGUUUUAGUUGUAGAAAUAAUCUGUAAAAAACGAAAACUCUCUCUUCUUGAUGACAAACGCAGUCUGUCGCAUUUCUCAAAAAGUGAUUAGAUCACGCCAAUUUCUCCCCCCAACAAUCCCAAAACACAAAAGUAUUCGAAAAUCUUAGCGCAUUAGAAAAGGAAAAAAAAACCGCACUUAAAUUCAAUGCACCACACAACCGUUGGAAGGUAUUUUGUAAAUAAAUUUCUUCACUCUAAGCGAGGCCACAAUAGAAACUUUCUUCCCCCGCCCCCUCCGCAGUUAGAUUGUGCUGCACACCUUUUCCAUCGGAAGAAAAUAGAAAUAAAACCAUUCACAUUCACAGUAACAUACACACGACGACGACGCGCUAGCAUACAAUUUGAUCCUAAACUGAUUGAAAAAAACCGGCGGAGAAAAUGUGUUCGUCAAUGCGCGGAAACAUGGAAAAAUAAAAGUCUCAUUUGUUUGUAAAAUGAA